AAAAUACUAUAGCAGUGUCGUAAAUUCAGUGGAAAUUUACCAUUUGCAGCAUUUAAGUAACUGUAAGUAAAUGCAUUAAUGUUUUAAACUGCAGCUACAAAACUGCCAGUCAAUAUAUAUGGAUAUUUUUUCAUGAAGUCACAUUAAAUAAGUGCUUUGAACAAUGAACACCAGCGCUCAACUGGCGCAGAUAGCAAACGUCCAGAGCGCUCUCAGCGUCCUGGCGUUACUCGACCUGAAUGGCUACUUGUUUCCCGAAGAUGCGAAGGUUUCUGAUGAAGACAUGUAUGACUACGUAGUAAUUGGCGGUGGCACCGCUGGAAAUGUGGUAGCUGCUCGGCUGGUCGAAGCAAACUUUACGACAUUGAUCAUAGAAGCGGGUCAAAACCCAAGCAACGAUAACAGCUUGCCAGGCUUAGUGACAUACCUUAUUAAGUCCCGUUCUACAUGGAACUUCACUACACUGGACGAUGGGUUUACGGCAAAGUGCCAUCGACAAGCAGGAAUUUAUGAUCGCGGCCAUGUUUUAGGUGGAACUGGCGCUGUUGACUACAUGAUAUAUUCACGUGGAAACCCCAGGGAUUACGAAAGAUUCUCUAUAGCUAGUGACGACUCUUCUUGGGACUGGAAUAGUAUGCAAAAAUACUUCAAAAAGAGUGAAAAGCUAUAUGAUACACGUCUUCUUAACUCACGUUACGGGAAAUAUCAUGGCACCGAAGGUAAUAUUGGAGUGACAAAAGAAAAUCGGUCAGUUUGUCACGAAUAUUUGCAAGCUUAUAAAAAUGCUGGUGAAACAGUCGUUCGUGACGGUAUCGGAGCUGGCAUUUUGGGAUAUUCUACAGCUUUAUACCACAUCGCGAAAGGAUUUCGUACUGAAACUGCCUCAGGUUAUCUGACUCCUAUUAAACAUAAUCCUAAUUUGCACAUAACGAGGGGUAGUAUGGCCACAAAAAUCAUUUUUGAUGAUAACAAAAAUGCUGUGGGUGUAGAAUUUGUUAAGAAUGGCAAAACCAUAACCGUGAAAGCAAGAAAAGAAGUAAUUCUAACAGCUGGUCCUUUUAAAUCGCCACAACUGCUUAUGCUUUCGGGAAUUGGUCCUAAAGAGCAUUUAAAAGAAAUGAAUAUUGACGUCAUAUCAAAUCUCCCUGUAGGGAGAAAUCUGCAAAAUAGUGUAGGACCAAUGCUAUGUUAUAAAACGAACAGAGAAGCAAACCCCGAGGCUUUCAAUGUACAUCAGCUGGUCGCACCAUUAAUAGUAGGCAACACGGCUCUUAACAAAUCGAGCUACCACCCAGAUUAUGUAACUCUUAACUUUAUUAUCGAUGACUAUUCAUACUUUCUAUCAUUUUGUGGGUUUACCAUGGGAUUUAAAAACUCGAUUUGCGACCGAAUAUACUCUUUAGCCGACAAUAAGCAAAUGUUAUUAACAAUUUUGCUAAAUGUGAUUCCUAAAUCUCGGGGAGUGGUGAAGUUAAGGAGUACGGAUCCCUUUGACCAGCCACAAAUAUUCAACGGGUAUUAUUCGAACAACGAAGAUCUGAUUGCUGUUGCUGAUUACAUGAAGGACUAUGCUAGAAUAGAGGGAUAUUCCAAGUUUCGAAGUAUGGGGUUGAAAUUUUUGAAGGCUACAGACAAAUGUGACCACUUCGAAUUUGGGAGCACGGAGUACUGGAAGUGUUACGCCUUGUGUAUGAUGACAUCUACUGUAUUCCAUUGUGGCACUUGUGCCAUGGGUACUGUGGUGGAUAAUCAAUUGAACGUAAUCGGAGUGAACAGACUUCGAGUCGUAGAUGCUAGUGUGAUGCCUAAUACUAUAAGCGGUAGCAACUUUGCCCCGCUAGUUGCAGUUGCAGAGAAAGCAGCAGAUAUGAUUAAAGGCAUCUCUUAGGAAAUUUUAUUUAGAAAUUAAUUGGGCAGUGUGUUUUCAAAAGAAGUUAUUUGGGAAAAUAAACAUUUGA